CUCUGGUGUACCCGCCAGGUACAGACCUGAUCGCAGCCUUUUCUGGCUGCCUGUACGCCGGCUGCGUUCCCAUCACAGUGCGACCGCCUCACCCUCAGAACAUCUCCACCACCCUGCCCGCUGUUAAGAUGACAGAACGUAAUCAGUGCCGGGGAGGUUAUGGUCAACGCAAAACCCAAACAAACAAAAAACGCUUCAAGCGGAAGCCAGAAAGAAUCCUGACCGUCUGACGACGAAAGAAAAGUGGAUGUCAAAACAAUGGCAUCAGCAACAUCUUUGCCCAAGGCCAACAGUGCUUUCUCUCUGGCUUUGCUCAAACAGCUGAGCAACAACAAGACGGGAAACAUCUUUUUCUCCCUGUUCAGCAUCUCUUCAGCCCUGGCUAUGGUGAUGCUGGGGGCCAGAGGCAACACAGCCACACAGAUGUCAGAGUGCUUGCAAGCCAAGGAUUGUUGGGGUGAUGUUCACAGCAGCUUUGCCAAACUUCUCACUGAACUCAACAGGCCAGAGGCUCUAUUUACCUUCACUGUUGCUAACAGACUGUACAGAGAGAAGUCCUGCCCCUUUACUCAGAAAUUCUUAAUACAAAGCAAGAAACAUUACAGCACAGAGCUGGAGUCUGUGGACUUCAAGACCAGGUCUGAAGAAGUCAGGAUUAAUGUCAACAACUGGAUGCAGCAACACACACCAGGUAACAUCACAGAGGUGGUGGAUGAAGAUGAUUUGAGUGAACUGACCAGGCUGGUGUUGUUCACUGCCACCCACUUCAGAGGCAGCUGGAUUAAAGAUUUCUCGUGGUUUGAAACUUAUGAUGCUCAAUUUUGGCUUAAUAAGCUGGAGAAGGAGCUGACCUAUAAAAAGUUUGUGGCUUGGACUCAUCCAGGCAAGAUGCAAACAUGUUACAUUGAUGUGAGGCUGCCUCGAUUUACACUGGAGGAGACGUAUGACCUGAACACAGUCCUGAGCAGCAUGAGCAUGGUGGACGUCUUUGAUCACACAAAGUGUGACUUCUCUGGCAUGUCUGGGCACAAAGAUCUGGUACUUUCAAAAGUCAUCCACAAGGCUUUUGUGAAGGUCCACGAGAAGGCAACUGAGGCUACUUUUGAAGCUAUAGCUGCUUAUCUCGUGGCCUCACCUUCACCUUCUGCAGGUCAGAUCAGAUUAGCUGGAUCUGGGUCCACUCGGUGCUCUGGAAGAGUUGAAAUCUAUAACUCUUUACGUCACUCCUGGGGAACAGUCUGUGAUGAUGGCUGGUGGGACUUAAAAGAUGCUGAGGUGGUCUGUAGAGAGUUGGGCUGUGGGAUAGCGCUGCAGACCCAGUGGUCUAAUCAUUUUGAUCAAGGUAGAGUAAAUGCCUUCCGCAGUAAUGUGGGCUGUUCAGGAAGUGAAACUUCUCUAGAUAAUUGUUUUUACGCCACCCCACUUAGUUACAAUUACUGUAACCAUGGUCAGGAUGCUGGCGUCGUCUGUUCAGAAACCCUCCCAGAGCCCACCAUCUCCUUGUACAGUAAUGAGGUCACCUGGGGUCAGGGCAUCAGCAUCACUUGCUCAGUCUCAGAUAAGUUCUCAGGUGGAACUUUUAUCCUCCAGAAGACUUCAGGCUCAUUCAACCGGAGUCAAACAUCCUCUACGAGCUCUAUUACAUUCAAUCUUCAUAAUGUGAACUUCGAUCAUGAUGGACUGUACCAGUGUCAGUACAUGAAAACAAGCCGAAGGUUCAACUCUUCCUCUGUCAGACUCACUGUUACUGUGAGUUUUCCAAAACCCAGUAUCUCCAUUUGCCCUGUUGGUGAGGUGACCUGGGGUCAGACUGUUGAAAUCACAUGUUCAGUCUCAACUCAGGUUUUAGGUGGAUCGUUCACUCUGAGUCAAAUUCAGGGUUCAUUCACGAGGAGCCAAACCUCCAACACAAACUCUGCUACCUUCAAUAUUCCUAACGUGGACUUUGAUAACGAGGGAUUGUACCAGUGUCAGUAUAAGAAAAGAGGCUCACGUCGUGAAUUUAGCUCCCCAUUAAGUGAUUCGGUCAGACUCUCUGUUACUGUGAGACUGCAGACACCCAGCAUCUCCCUGACCUCUCCUAGUGCAGGUCUGGUCUGGGGUCCUGAAGGUGCAGAGAUCACCAGGGGUUACGGUUUUGUCCUCACCUGCUCUGUUAACUCCAGAUUUUCCAGUGGACGUUUCUUUCUCAUCUUCUCUGACUCCAACAUCACAGACAGCAAGCCAGCAGUCAACAACUCAGCCUCCUUUAGUUUCCCUGUAGCUGAGUAUGAACACCAAGGCAACUACAGCUGUGUGUAUGAAGUCACAGUGUCCACACGGACAUUCAGUUCUACUGCAACAGCACCCAUUACUGUCAUCAUUAAAUUUCCUUGGAUGCUAAUGGUCUCAACUGUAGUUCGUGUGGUCCUGUUGCUCCUGCUGGUCUUAUUGGUGGUCUUACUGGUGCUCAGGAGAAGGAGACAAACACAGCAGGCCCACAUCCACACCACAGUGACUCUAAAAACCUGUAAUGAAGAAGAUGACGUCAGUGAUAAGAAGAGAGGAUCUAUAUGAAUGUUGAGACAGUGAACAUGUAUUGUGAUGAAUUAUUAUUGCUGUUGCAUUUUAGCCAGUCAUAAAUACGGAGGAAAAAAACAAACAUUUGAACCUAUUACAGAUUACACAUUUGGAAUUUUUGUCUCAUAAUACUGCCUGAUAAACUUCAGUGAAUAUAGUCCAAUAUUAUGUAGCACAAUAUAGUACGUUUGGUAACUGAUUUUUUUGUGUCUGUAAAAUGACAGUGAAAUGUGUUAUUUGUAAUUGUGUGAUACUUUAACCCAGGUGUGUCAAGUCCAUAAAGAGUCACAUGGGGAAAUAAAAAUCACAUCAAUGGCA